AUGGGACACAAAUUUCGUUUAAGGAAAAUCGAUCCAACGCUUCUCGAAGGUUGCAAUCAUUCGUUCUGCUUCAGUUGCACCUCAGAGUGGUUAAAACUUGCUGGAAAGUGUCCACUCUGUAUUAGACCAGUUAGCUCAUUCUUGCACAACAUAGAUCUUCCAACAGAUUUACGUNCAAGGGUGUCGGUUGCUGCCUUACGCGCAGCGGCUGAAGUAGCCCGACUUGUUGCGAUGGGACGAUCGUUACCUCCUCUGAAUGAGCAGGAAUGUGUCACAUUGCGAAUACGACGCCUACGAAGGCGACUUGACACUGUUCAAGAGCGAAUGUCGAGUACAAGCCCUCGAGAUGACCAAUGUUCGGAACUUGCCAGCGCUACUAGGCGUCUGAUCGAUGAAAUUAUUACUCUUGAAACGCUCAAACGAGAAUCCACAACAAGAUACGAUCUCGUUAGCAACAUUGCUUUUCGUUCAUUGAUAUACGAAGACAAUCUUGAGUGGAGCUGUAUUGAUCGUAAUGCGAAUAGGGUACGUUUCUCGCCUGAGGUUUUUAAUGCCAAUGUUGACGCUGCAACUGAGCGAUUGCUUCCGUUCGUGGAUCGUGAACUAAAAAUUGUUUGGCGCAGUAGAAAUCCUAACGAGUCACUGGAAGGCUAUAAAAGGAAAUACGAUAGGCUCGUGUCUAACAUCAUCUUGUGGUGUUCAGAGUUUCAAAUAAUUUCUCCACAAUUUGCGCUUAACCUCCAUUUGGCCGAAAUUAAUUCAGUCUAUUUGGAGCGCUUUCAAGCAGAGCUGUUCGAUUUCGCAAGCAGCAUGGUAUCUUUGGAAGAUUUUGGUAGCAUUAGCACGUACAGCUCGAAACAAUUGCAACGACUACAGCGUCGUAGAGAACGUGGAGCGCCGAGUGAACCAGGCUGGUUUCAACGCAUCUAUUAUCACGAUGUCGUCUCCGCAAUCUGGUGCUAA